AUGGCCUCCACCUCCAACUUCAAGCCCUCAUUCAAUCCCACACAAUAUGACGACGACGACGAUUUCCAAACCCCCCUCACCCAAACCGCCACAGUCCGCCGCAAGCCCUCCAAAAAGCCCAAGCUCUCCGGCAAAGAAAACAUCCCUCCUCCCCUUUGCUUCACCCCCAAACUCUCCGUCGAAGAUUGCAGCUUGGAUUCCCUACCCGAAAGCUUCGACCUUGCCGCCGCUGACGUCACUGAGGAAAAUGAGAAAGGGUUUUCGAAACCGGAAGGGGGGUAUUUACGGAAUUCGAUAGAGUCCAGGUUGAUCAAGCCUCGAGCUUCCGAUUGGGGUUUCGAUUCCGGUGAGGGUGAGGAUUUCGAGGAGAUUGAUGUGCUGCUGAGGCUGAAUGGGGUUGAGGAAGAAGGAGAUGGAAUUGUGGAGGAUGAAAAUGGGGGUUUGGUUCUGUGUCCUCUUUGUGGGGUUGAUAUUUCUGAGCUGGGAAAUGAGGAGAGAGAGCUUCAUAGUAAUGAUUGUCUUGACAGAUUAGAAGCUCGACCUGUAGAUGGGGUUGGCAUUGCUGAUGAGGCUAGAGCUUCGGGGCGAGUUGUAGAGUGGCUGCGGGGGCUUGGUUUGGGGAAGUAUGAGGAGGUUUUUGUGAGGGAGGAGAUUGAUUGGGACGCGCUGCAGUGGCUGACUGAAGAGGAUUUGUUAAGCAUUGGCAUUACAACGCUUGGUCCGCGAAAGAAGAUUGUGCAUGCAAUUGCUCAACUUAGAGAAGGGAUCAGUAGUGGAAUUGAAGCGCAGACUGCACAGCAGAGAAAAAGGAGUGCUAAUGGAGUGGCGGUGCGCAGUGAUGCAUUGGAAGGAGCAGUUGGUGAUAGUAGUAAAUCAGCUUCGAACAAGUUGAUUACAGAUUACUUUCCGGGAUUUGGUGGUGCUAGGAAGCCGGUUAGCAGCACUUCUAGAGAACAACCAAGGGUAGAAAAGCGUCAGACAGGUUCUGGUCAGAAACGUGCUGUGGUGAAGAAUCACGUCACGAAUAGGAAACUCAGGGAUGUUCCCUUGUGGUGCUGUGUACCAGGAACACCAUUUCGAGUGGAUGCUUUUAAAUAUCUUAGACGAGAUUGUUCUCAUUGGUUUCUCACUCACUUUCACAUGGACCAUUAUCAAGGUCUAACAAAGUCAUUCUCUCAUGGAAAAAUCAUUUGCUCCUCCAUUACAGCUAAGCUUGUAAACAUGAAGCUUGGCAUUCCAUGGAACAGUAUACAAGUUGUACCCCUCAACCAAAAGAUCAAUAUUGCAGGUAUUGAUGUUACCUGCUUGGAUGCAAACCACUGUCCUGGUUCUAUAAUUAUACUCUUUGAACCUCCCAACAGUAAGGCUGUUCUACAUACAGGGGACUUUCGCUUUAGUGAGGAUGCAGCAAGCAUGUCUGUUUUGCGAACAUCUUUCAUUCAUACUCUCAUCCUUGAUACAACUUACUGUAACCCACAGUAUGACUUUCCGAAGCAGGAGGCUGUAAUUCAGUUUGUCAUCGAUGCAAUUCAAGCUGAAACUUUUAACCCUAAAACUCUAUUUCUGAUUGGCAGCUACACAAUUGGAAAGGAACGCCUUUACUUGGAGGUUGCUCGUGUGCUCCGGAAAAAGAUUUAUGUCACUGCUGGAAAGCUGCAUAUUUUAAAAUGUUUGGACUUUCCUGAGGAGGAUAUGCAGUGGUUUACAUUAAAUGAACAUGAAAGCCAAAUUCAUGUGGUGCCUAUGUGGACACUAGCGAGCUUCAAGCGACUGAAGCAUGUGUCAAAUCAAUAUGCGAGUCGAUACAGCCUUAUUGUCGCUUUCUCUCCUACUGGUUGGACUUUUGGUAAAGGAAAGAAGAAGUCUCAGUCUCCUGGAAGGAGGUGGCAACAGGGUACCAUUAUAAGGUAUGAGGUGCCAUACAGCGAGCAUUCGAGCUUUACAGAACUCAGACAAUUUGUGAAGCUUGUGUCUCCCGAACAAAUUAUACCAAGCGUGAACAAUCAUGGCCCAGAUUCAGCAAAAUCCAUGAUUUGUCUUCUGUCUUCUUAAUUCUGUCCACAAUAUCACAGUUGUACCAUCGGAAACAGGUGUAUCCGAUAAUAUAAUACUACUUGUAUUACUGUUCUGUAAUGAAAGUUACAAUCCACCAU